AUGGACAAAAAGAUAUAUCUUCUUAUUUUUCUGGUAAUCAUUUUCGAAAAUGUGCUUUCAAAAAGUAAUCCAAAAACCCCGGAUGAAAUAUGCUCCCUACCAUUGAAAAGAGGAUAUUGUCUACAAAAUCAACCACGUUUCUAUUAUAGUCCAGCUGAAAACAAAUGUCUGUCGUUUACCUACAAAGGAUGUGGCGGAAACGAUAACAGAUUUAAAACUAAAGAUGCCUGUGAACGUAUGUGUGUGAAGAAAACAACAAUGAAAUCUGUUAGUAGUCAGCCAAGCACAACGCCAUCGCGACAGAGACUCAAUGAGACAACUACAAGAAUCAUUACCAUAACAAAACCAACUACACCAAAAAAAUAG